UACCUGGUGAAACGAAUUCAAUGAUAAUUGUUGUGGAACGAAACAAUCAUCAUCCUUCCUAAUUAUCAAUUUGAUUGAUUGAUUGAUUGAUUCUAAUCACGCAAUCGCUGAACAUCAACAACAAGAUGCAAACAUCGACAUCAUUUGAUGGAUCAAAAUUUCCGUUAACAUUUUCAACAACUUUUGUUAAUGCUGGUGUUCCUGGUCCAUCAUCAUCAUCUCGUGGUUCUAAUACCACUACUACUACUAAUUCUUCAAUGGCUGGUACAUCAAAAUCAUCAAAUUUUAUCCGUGAUAAUAUCGGUGGUAGUGGUGGUGGUAUUAUAAAUCCAAUUUUUAUCGAUCCAUUAGUUCAGAUUGAUGAAUUUGAACAAAAUGAUUGUGAACGUGAAUUGGAAACAUUUCCAACACCGCCACCACCACCGCCAAAUUUAUUACCAUCAUCAUCAUCGUCAACAUCAUUUAAUCAACCAAAAACAUCGACAUCGACGACAAAACCGGAAACAAUUGAUCGAACUGAUUCAGCAUCCAAUUUAUCCGGAUCAACUGUGAUUACAAACGCUAGUUCUACGGGUGGUUUAUUAUCAAAUUCGAUACGAUCAUCAUCAAAUAAUCAUAAUCAUCAUAAUCAUCAUCAUAGACGUAGUCAUUCACAGCAACAAUUUAGUAACAGUUUUCAUAUUGAUUGUCCGGAUUGUCAACAAUUUCAUCAUAAUCAUCAUCGUAUCUAUGUUCAACAUCAUAAUAAUCAUAAACGUCCAGUUUAUUUACCAAUUACACCAAUAACAUCAUCAUCACAUCAUCAUUCUAAUCAUAAUCAUCCAUUAUCAUCAAAUAUUGGUGAUGGUUAUGCACCAUAUCCACCACAAUGGUAUUAUCUAUUAGCUGCUGAUACAAAAAAAUUUCGUAAACAUCGUCAUACACAUUAUCGUCGUGAUUGUCGUCAAUGUAGAGAAAUUGUACGUUCAACAUUUGAACAAUAUUAUCUUCGUGCUGGUCAACCGCCAUCAACAACAAUGGGUCAAAUAUCAUCACGUUAUCAACCGCAACAACAAAGAUCAAUAGAUAUGAUGAUGACCGAUGAAAAUAGUUCACCCGAUUCUAUUGGAUCAAUAUCAUUAGAUUAUCAUCAGCAACCCUAUUCAUCAUCAUCACAACCAACUUUUUUGACUUCUAGUCCUACACCAUCAUCAUUAGGUUUUUAUAGCCGAUCAAGAGCUAGUUGUGGUCAUUCAUGUUUAAAAUUUACCAUACUAUUUUAUUGUUGUAUUGCUGUCAUUAUGGCCAUAUGUUUUAUCUGUUAUCUGACAAAAAUGUUUGGUCUAAUGGCACCAACAACAACAACAUCAAAUUUUAUCCAAUAUUAUCCUUCAUCAACAAAUUAUUCAAUUAUUAAUGAUGAUAAUUUCAAUUCAUCAAAUGAAUCAAUAUUAAUGGAUAAUAAUUCAUCAUUAAUGAUAAUGGAUACUGUGGAUCCUGAAUUACCGGCAACAACAUUGUUGGAAACAAUUCGUACCGAAAUGAUUGGCCUAAUAAUUGCAUCAGCAUUUAUGAUUAUAUUUAUUCUUGGUUUAAUCGGUGCAUUUCUUGAAUCAAUACUUUGUCUACGAAUUUUCGGUGCCAUUCUUUCCUAUCUAUUUUUAUUAACAUUUGGUUCAGCAUUAUAUAUUGUCAUUUUAUUGAUCAUAUCACAUGUACCAUUGAAAUUGAUUUUAUCAACUAUUUCCUGUGCAGCAGUUGCUGUUACUAUUCAUGGUUUACUAGCUAUAGCACCGUUUGCAUUUGCCGAUUUAAUUAGUGAAGAACGUAAUGAAAAAUUAACUGAAGCUGCCGCUACAGUUAUGGCAGCCAAUUCAACUUAUUUUAAAUAUCCAUCCGUACGAUUCUUUUCACAGAUGCCAAUUCAUUCAUCAAAUAUUCAUCAUCAUCAUUCAAAAUCAAAUCAUCAUUUUAAUAAUAAAAAUGGUUAUUUUGGUUUUACUAAUCCUACUAAUAAUAAUCGAACAAAUUCAUUAUAUCCAACAUCAUCAAGUCAGCAAACAUUUUAUCGUGAUACACCGAUUGAAAGUAUACCAACAUCGGAUGAAUCGAUACCACGUACAACACCUACAAAUAACAACAACAUUAAUAAUCAAGGUCCAAUGGAUAAUAUAUCAUCUGAAGAAUUAAUACCAUCAAUGAAUCAAGAUGGAAAUGAACUUCGAAUACAGAGUUCAUCAAAAUCACCAAUUCAACAAAACAGUUCAACCGCACAACAACAACAACAGCAAACUGUACGAUUCACUGAUAAUUGGAUGUAAUUUAGAUGAUUAUUACUAUUCCUAAAGGAUAUUUCAACCUUCCUUCUAGAAAAAAAAUUAUUUAUUUU